AUGGGCGAGAACCAGGCCAACGCCGCCAACGUGGCGCAACAACCGACUCCCACGAUGCAAAUGUACAGAGAGGAGCAAGCUCGCCUGCGUCAGAUGCUGGAUAAGAGGGCAGUGAUUGCCAGGAAGCUCGCCACCAUCGAGGCCGACAUUGAGCAGAAAGAGACGGCGUACCUUGACAGCACACCGAACGGCAACAUCAUUGCUGGAUUCGACAACUACAUCAAGGGCUCCGGCGCGGCCGCGCAGCGGCGCAAGGCUGGUGCUACGGAGCAGAACCGCGUCUUCUCACGGAGUUCUGUGUCGUAUCGUCCUGGCAGUGAAGCCACGACACCUGGCUCGACUCCCGCUUCGCAUGCGCCGACUCCCUUGUCGACGUCCUUCAAGGACGGCGCUAGCUCGAACCACGCAACGCCAACGUCCGCGACGGCAUCGAAAUCCGGCAGCAAGAAGAAUAAGAAGCAGACCGAGGAGGACAGUGAUCACGAUUCCCAAGCGCCGAACAAGAAGCGCAUCAACUUUGGCGCUGGUCGCAAGUGA